GAAGAUGGCAAAGAAAAAUUUUCCCAUGGGUUUCUCUGUUGUUUGCAUAACCUUAAUCCAGUUUAUAGCUUCACUCAAUUUCAGCACAUCCCAUAACGAAAUUAGCACUAGUACAACAACCACACCUAAGGCUUUUUUCAUAUUUGGCGACUCCACUGUAGAUUCUGGCAACAACAACUUCAUAGAUACUAUUCCAGAGAACAAAGCAGAUUACAAACCAUAUGGACUCAACGCUUUUUCUCAUGAACCAACGGGACGAUUCUCAGAUGGUCGUGUCAUUGUAGAUUUUAUAGCUGAAUAUGCUGAGCUUUCACUAAUUCCUCCAUUUUUGCAACCAAAUGCUGAUUUCAGCAACGGUGUCAACUUUGCUUCUGGUGGGGCAGGUGUUCUUUCUGAAACCAAUAAUAAACUGGUGAUUGAUUUUCAAACACAAUUACGUCACUUUGAAGAAGUGAGGAACUUGUUAUCAGAAAAGCUUGGAGAAAAGAAAGCAAAGGAAUUGAUCUCAGAAGCAAUUUAUUUCAUUAGCAUAGGAAGCAACGAUUACAUGGGUGGUUAUCUGGCUGAUCGCAAAAUGCAAGAAAGCUACAAUCCUGAGCAAUAUGUUGGAAUGGUCAUUGGAAAUUUGACACAGGCCAUCCAAAUUCUAUAUGAGAAAGGAGCAAGAAAAUUUGGGUUUUUGAGUUUGUCUCCUUUGGGUUGCUUGCCAGCUCUUAGAUCUCUAAACCCUGAAAGCGACAAAGGUGGUUGCUUUGAGGCAGCUUCUGCUCUUGGUCUAGCACAUAAUAAUGCUUUGAGUAAUGUUCUCACAAGCCUGAAAGAAGUCCUUGAAGGGUUCAUGUACAGCAACUCUAAUUUCUUUGACUGGCUUCUAGAUAGAAUAGAUAACCCCACAAAUUAUGGUUUUAAAGAUGGAGUUAAUGCUUGCUGUGGAAGUGGACCAUACGGUGGCAUUUUCACCUGUGGGGACACUACGAAAGAUACAGAGUUCAGCUUAUGUGACCAUGCUGGUGAUCAUGUAUGGUGGGAUUCUUUUCAUCCAACACAGAAGAUUCAUCAGCAAUUCGCCAAGGCAUUAUGGGAUGGACCAUCCUCCUCUGUAGGGCCAUACAAUUUGAAGCAAUUCUUCUCCAACAACGAGAUCACGCUCACUAUAGCUGAUGUAGUUGAUGCCCCAGAAAACCAGCAACACACUUUCAGUAUCUGAGUUCUUUUUUUUUCUUUUCACAAGUGGAACGAAAUUUAAAUCAAUCUCAAAGGUAAUGGUUGAAGAACUGAAAUAAGAACGUUAAUUUCUACUGAAUAUCAUACAGCAGCACGUUGAAAAGUCAUAAACACCGUGCUUUAUCAGUUUUAAUUUC